UAAUUAAAUAUUAAAUAUUUUAAUGAAUUAAUAAUAAACAAAAUAAGCAAUAAAAUAGCAAAAGAUUAAUUUAAUUUUCAUCCUGCUUCUUCGCUACGCUAUGUAAGCUCAGUAUAAAACAAAAACUUUAUAUUUUUUAUUUAUAAAAAAACAAAACAAAAUUACAUAUAUACAUAAUGAAGUUAUCUGGCCGAUAGUCAAUUAUUAAAUUAAAUCAAAGAUAUUAAUUGUCUCUAAUUUUGUAUUUAUUAUUUAUUAAUUUACAUUUUACAAGGAUUCACUCGAAAUUUAGUGUUUAACAAAGAGAUUAUUUGAUUAAUGAUAUUCUUCGCACCGUGGACUUACCGUCUGUUCAGUGCGGCAACCGCGCUGGGUUAUGGUGAAAUCCUUCUCAAGGGCUUUCUUCCUAUGGAUCUUUCUACCUCUGAUGGUAGUCGCCUUGGUCGCCCAGCAGGUCGAUUCUAAGGGUCACCACCGAGGUCAUCAAGCGCAUCACCCUAAAUGUCAUCAUGUUCAUAAAAAAUCGGUGCAUUCGCAGGCCAUACGGAACAAGAGAUCCGAGCUGUCAACCAUCCAGCCCUUCAGUAAUUUUUUCGUCAAUAAAUCUGUGGCAAAAUCCAGCUAUGAAAAAUCUCUGACAGACUUGGAGAAAUUAUUCGGGCCAAUUCCUCAGGAGCUUCAUAACCAUAUUCGGGUGAAGCGCAAUAAUUUUAACAAUGUGAACCAUCUAGCAUCCGGAGCAUCAUCAGCUUCCUCGGAGUAUCUGAAGAAAUUGGCAGAUUCUUUUGCCGGGCCUGCUGAAGUUGAAAGUGAUGAAGACAACUUGGACGAGCAGUUGAAGAACGACAAACAGGUAGAGGAUGUGAGAAAAAAACGAGAGGUAGAUGAAGAAGAAAUUACUAAUUUCUUCCCGGAAAACUCGCAGGUGGUUAAUUUGAUCCGCACCAAGCGCUUUGGAGAUCCGGAUAAGAGACUUUAUUUGAAGAGGAACCGAAGAAAUAAACUUGAAAAGAAUAUUAGUAACAAAAGUAAUAAAGCAGCGAGAUUGAAACGCAAGAGUAAAGUUAAGAGCAAUAUUAAUUCAAAAGUUAAAAAAAAUUCUCAGGUGAAGAAAAGUAUUAAAAGAAAAAAUAAUAAACCUAAAUUAAAGUUAAAACGGUACUCGAAAAAUCAUAAAAAUACGAAGAAACAUGAUGAAGAUAAAGCGAGAGUUAAGAGACGUCCUGAAGAGUCCGGGGCUAGACCUUUGUCGUCGCUUGAAGAAAUAAGAGACCUUGCUGCGAAUCUUGUUUCAAAGGUCGAUGAGCUCGAAGGAUCGAUUAAGAUUAAUCGACGAUCGGGUAGGAAUCCUCAUGGGUAUGCAUCCGGAAUCAGCAAUUCAAAGCGCCACCGUAUUCUAGGAGCCAGACACUCAGCUAGUAAUUUGAGUGAUUCACCCGGGAAGUUUAAAAUCCGCCCGAUCCACAGAAGGAGGAGAAGAAGGAGGAAGAAGAAAAAUAGGCGGAAGAUGAGGCGUAUGAAUAGGAAUAGAAAGAAAUUCAAGUGCAAAAAACGGGGAAUGGAAAAUAAAAAAUGGGCGCGCUGGACUGAUUGGAGUAGCUGCUCAGUAACUUGCGGUAAGGGACGGCAAAUACGCUGGCGUCAUUGUAGAAGUAAUUGCAAAAAUGCUGAAACGGAAAUGGAGGAAAAAACUUGUCAAUUACCAGCUUGUGCACCUGCUGGAUUAUUCGGUAUAUUCUAAUUAGCCACACUUAUUAUUAUUAUUAUAUAUUAUUAUUUUAAUUUAUUACUAUCAUUGUAGUUUUAUAUAAA